AUGGGGCUGAGAAGGGCCCUGGCGAGGCCCUUUGUCGCGCUUGUAGCCUCGAUGGACAGACGCAUCGAGCGCAUGGAUGAACCGCUGAAGCGGCACAUUCAGCACCACAACAAGUCGGGCGAGGACCUCUGCGCCAGCGUCUGGCGCGAGUACUGGUCCUACCAGAAGGCGCUGCUGCCCUACCGCAAGGCGCGGCUUUACAGCGAGCUGAGCUACAUAGCCGGGGGAACACUAUCGGUGGUCAACUUGGGCGUCAAGGAUGUCGUACUCUUCUCCCGCGCCUUAACAAAGUGUUUGUUUCUUUUCCUCAUCUGCGUCAUCCUCGGGCGACGCUCCGUGUUUCCGUCGCUAGAGCCCACGUCUGUCUUCGUCGAGGAAAUCAACAGGAACUGGCAACCCAACCACAAGCGUGGCAUGAUGCUUCGGGACCUGUAG